AUGCUAGUUCCGCAACAGUUUCCGCUUUCCGUUAACGCCUCAUCUCAGGACUAUUUGCUGACGGAGUUGAUUUACUUGGCAAAGGAUUUUGUUGAGGAAAAACUGGGUCCGGACACUCCAGAGGAGCAGAGGGACAUGCACACCUUCAACUUUCUCGAAGCCAUUGGUUUUGAAACGGGAAAGCGAUUCACUGAAAGAAUCAUGAUUCAGCAUGUCAGAUUGACGACUACGCUCGAUAUGAUGAGAUUCAUCUGUCGUGAAGCCUGGGCUAUCGUGUUCAAGAAGACAAUCGACAAUCUUAAAACCAAUCGAAAGGUGAUUAACGAUUCUCAGAAACCGAAAGGCAUGUUCAUCCUGACGGAUAAUAGCUUUUGUUGGUUUAUGAGAAUGGCCCAAAUCCCAGAGACUGAAUUGACAAAGACUACAGCACCGUUCCUCUGUUGGCCGGCAGGAUUUGUUCGUGGCGUUAUGCAGGCUUUUGGUUACGAGGUUCAAGUUGCUGCUCAUUGUCCUUCAUUGCCUGUAGCCAUUUUUCAGAUUAAAGUUCUUCCUCGUGAACCCCGGUUACCACAAGGAAUGGCUAGUUUGUCUAUUUCUGACAAGUCUUCAAGGUCCUAUUCUAUUUUCUCCAACUCCUACGAUUACAGAACUCGCUCAAUUGCCUCUACAACGUCAUCCGAGAAGUUGGAUACAAACGCUUCCCAAGCAGGAACAUUAUAA